AUGAGGGGCGCGUUACAAGAGGAACUGCUCUGGGCGGGCCCAGCCCGAGGCUUCUGGACAACUGCAGUGAACAUGCCCGUGGAACUGGCUCGCCACUUUACAGCUGGGUGCAGUGUCACACGGGCUGAAAGCUCAACCUCUGUGAACGAAGCACGGAAGUGGGCACACGCCCCCUCUGUGGGCCUGGCCGUGCCGCUGCUGCUCUUCCAGGAGCAUGGCAUCACCCUGCGUGGGAGUGCAGAAAUCAUGGCUGAGUUCUUCUCAUCUGGCAUCAGCAGCAUUUUAUAUCAGCGUGGCGUAUAUCCAUCUGAAGCCUUUACUCGAGUGCAGAAAUACGGACUCACCGUCCUUGUAAACUCUCAUCCUGAGCUCACGAAAUACCUAAAUAAUGUGGUGGAACAACUAAAAGAUUGGUCAUACCAGCGUUCAGUUCAGAAACUGGUGGUAGUCAUCUCAAAUAUUGAGAGUGGUGAGGUCCUUGAAAGAUGGCAAUUUGAUAUUGAGUGUGACAGGACUGCCAAAGAGGACAGUAUACCAGAGAAGUCUCAGAAAGCUCUCCACGAUGAAAUCUGUUCAGUGACCAGACAGAUCACAGCUACAGUGACAUUUCUGCCACUGUUGGAAGUUUCUUGUUCGUGUGAUCUACUGAUGUAUGCAGACCAAGAUUUGGUUGUACCUGAAAAAUGGGAAGAGUUGGGAUCACAGUUCAUUACCAAUUCUGAGCAAGUCUGUCUUCGUUCAUUCGCUACUACAAUCCACAAAGUAAAUAGCAUGGUGGCCUGCAAAAUCCCUGUCAAGGACUAA